CACCCCCCACCACCCCGAGCGACCUUGGCUUUGAACUGCAGGCCUCGCGACAACUUUGUUACCACCCGAGUACCACGCUCCUGUCACACCCACCCUGCCUCCAACACCAAUCCUUUUCAUUAUCGACAAUGGCGUCCACAAUUGCACAAGAAAAGGCAAAGUUCACUCCACCUGAUAAUUUAGGAACCAAGUAUGCAGUCGAUGAAGUCCACCGUUACAUGGUAGAUUGCAUGGUAGCUGUUGGAACUCCUAAGCCUAAUGCUACUGCCCUUGCUGACGUCCUUGUUGCGGCUGACAACCGAGGCCACUUCAGUCAUGGACUCAAUAGAUUAGAAAUGUAUGCAAAUGAUGUGAAGCAGAAGGUGUGUGCUGGAGAUGCUCUUCCCACUAUAACAAAGGAGAGUGUGUCCACGGCUCUUGUCCAUGGCAACAAUGGCCUUGGACCUGUUGUUGGCAACUUCUGUAUGGAUUUGGCCGUAAAGAAAGCUAAAGAAACUGGUAUUGGCUGGGUCUGUACUCGAGGUAGCAACCAUUAUGGCAUAGCAGGUUGGUAUGCCAUGAGAGCCACCAAGGAAGGAUUUCUGGGCAUGAGUUUCACCAACACGUCCCCCCUUGUUGCUCCAACCCGCGCCAAGAAGCCGGCCUUGGGAACUAACCCGUUGGCCCUGUCAGCCCCGGCAAAGAAUGGGGACAAUUUCGUGUUGGACAUGGCUACCUGUGUGGUGGCUGUUGGUAAGAUUGAGAUAGAGCGUCGUAAGGAAAACCCUAUCCCAGAGGGUUGGGCAUUAGACAAGGACGGUCAGCCCACCACAAAUGCUGCAGAAGGAAUGCAAGGAGCACUGUUGCCUCUUGGAGGUUCAGAGCUCCAUUCUGGCUAUAAAGGUUAUGGCCUUGGCAUGUUAGUAGAGAUCUUCUGUGGCAUCUUGUCAGGUGGACAAUACGGUCCAAAUGUGCGACGAUGGAUGCAAACAGACCAAGAGGCAGAUUUGGGGCAAUGUUUUGUGGCCAUCGACCCCUCCUUCUUUGCUCCAGGCUUUGAAGAUCGCAUGAGUGACUUGAUGGAUCAUUGUCGUGGCAUGGAGUCAGCUGAUCCAAAUAAACCAGUGUUAGCUGCAGGUGAUCCUGAACGCUCACAUAUGGAGAAAGUGAAGACGGAGGGUGGCAUCACUUAUCACAUCAACCAGAUCACAGAUUUGUGGAGGUUGGCGAAGGUGCUGGGUGUGAAGCCGAUGCAGUAAGAGGGACUACUACUCUCGGAUGUUUAUGCAAUGUAGGAAUGAGUGUUUAUGGGUCUUUCUUGCCUUGUUUGAAGGGAAUAUAAUUCAUAUAUUUUAGGGAAAUUGUGCUUUCAUUGUAAGGAAUAUAUUCUUGUAUUUUAAUGGAUAUGAUUCCUUAGAAUUCCUUUGUAGCUGGCAUAAAUUGUUUAUUCUUUGACAGAGUCUCUCAAGUGAACUAUAGGCAUUAGUGUUCAUAAUAGUAGUUUUAGUGGGAGGAUCUCAAAAACUAAUAUCAAUCCUUAAAUUUUUAGGUGUGAUGGCCACUAAUGUUCAAAGUAUAGUAUGCAUAUAAAGGGGUUAAAUUUGGAUUCUAAGAGAAUUUUUUUUUUUUAACGAAUCAGAUUUUCAAGGUUGAAUGCCUUUGAUAAUAGUUCAUUGAAAAGGAAGUGGCUUAAGUUUUUGGAUAUAUCUGAAAAAUUCGUUACCAAGUCUCAGUUAUGUUCAACAUGGCACACACCCAAAAUAUGCAUAUGGAGAGAUUAACUGCUUGAAUCAGUUUAGGAUUUAAUUCAUCGUUGUUCUUGGUUAUAAUAGCAGCAGUUACAAAGAAGUACAGAGCCUCCUUUCUUAAUAUAAAUCUGGUAAAGGCCUAGCACUAAUGAUGUGGUGGUACACUAAACACUUCUGAAGAUGUUUGGGUGUCCCCCGGCUGGACAGAUUUGGUAGAGUUGCAUGUCAUGUUAUGCUGAAGAGUGAUCCCAUCUGUGUUGAGGAUCAGCUUAAACUUACUUACUACUUUACAGUGGCAGAUUGAUGCUCAAGUGGUUUCAUAACUUGUUUUAGCAUACUUAACUUCUUUUCAGUCAUGUACACUAUUCAGUUUAAGACAGAUUUGCUUUUCGUCAGUGAAUUACAUCAUUACAAAUAAUUAAUAAUUAUUGGGACAGCGAAUACACUAAUGACUAUUAAUAUCAUUGCUACUUUGCUUAAAAUAUUUUUUUAUAUAAAGUUAAUGUUUAAAACAAAUGUCAUUCCAGCUAGAAUAGCUUUGUAUAUAUUUUAAGAUCCCACAUUCAGAAGAGUAAGAUAACAGUGGUUAUAUUUUGCAUUGACAGUUCAGCGGUUUAAGACGAUGAUAGAUCACUGCUGAGGAGGAAGCAUGGAAUAUGUCAGAUUUAAGAUAGUGGUAUAUGUAGUGUGACUAUAUAACCACUGUUAAUUAAUAUACUAUUUACUUGGUUUACAGAUACUCAGACAAAAAAUAAUAAUAAUUUUACCUGACCUACCUUACCCACUCUGUGAUAAUGACUCUAGGUCUGUGUGAGAGACUCAUGGGUUGAUGAAUAAUGACUCGCAGUCUGUGACUGACUGCCCUUCGAGUGGCAUGUUGACCAAGACUCAAUGGCAUACAAAGCCACUGAACUUCUGGUUGUUAAACUGUAUUUGUCUACCUAAGAAGCACAAAGCUAUAAUAGUGAUAAAAUAAAUAGCAAGUGUACAAUACAGCUCUUUGCCCAAUUCAGAAUGUUUCACCCAAUUUCAUAUAAAUUAACUUUAUUAUUUAAGUUAAUUUCACUAAAUCGUUUUAUGGCAGCUUCCUGAUCCAUAACCUUUGUACUAACUGCAGAGAUCCCUUUCUUCUCACGCAUCACUCCAGUUUAAUCAUUGUUGCGUGACUCGCUGACACUCAGGUUGAUUAACACGUAUGUGCUCCCCGUGUUGGUGAAUGUUUAAGAAAAAUAGUCUGCAUGCUUUCAAGUUUUAAAUUAAUCAGGGUAUCAAUAUCUUGCCAUUUUUUACACUAAAAUACGUAAUUAAAAGACAAUUAGCCCAUCUAGAAUUAGUUGGUAGUUUUGUUGAAUUUUUUAAAAUCUGUGCAGUAACAUGGUACUAUAUUAUUUUUUUUAUUGUUAAUGGCAAUGAAUAAAGUUUAGGAAGAGUUUCUUGCUGUAGAAAUUAGUUUUUUGUUUUAGUUUAAAUAUAUUAUUUUGUCAAUUGUGGUAAUAAAUUCACAUAUAUA